AUGGAAAGAGUCAGGAAGAUUUCAGAAACGUACCCCAUUUUUAAGAAAGUCCAAGAUCUUACAAACGGACAGAUAAAAGCAGAAUACAGUUUUAUAGGGCUGGCCAUAGUGAUAUUCUUCAGUUUGUUCUCCAGAUGUCUUUCAGGAGCCAUAACAAACAUAUUCUCAUUCAUUCUCAUAGUGGGACCAGCUACUAAUCUUAUAGUAAGCAAAACAUCGCCAGAAAUUGGAAACUUAAAACACAUUCUUUCGUACUUGAUUACCUUUGCGUUCUUCACCGUGACAGAGUCGAUUCUGCGCUUCAUACCCAGCAGAAUACCCUUCUACUACCACGCGAAGUUCCUUUUCUUCUACUAUCUUUCGGUCAGACGCACCCAGCUAACUGACUACUUAAACGCUUCUUUAUACGUGCCUGCAAAUGAAGCCAUUAGAAAACUCAAUCAAAUGGACCCCAAGGCCACCAUCAAGGCAGCGCAGUCAGCUGCAUCUGAGAAGAUAAAGGAUCUAUCAGAGACCGUUAAGAAAAAUACAGGAAGCCCUUCGAAAGAAGAAUAA